AUGGAUAUGUACGUCUCGCCCGAAGAGGCGAGCUCGUCCAUCUGCACCGACGCAUAUUUCUUGCCUGAGAAGACAUACUCACCCGACAGCUCGGAUUUGCUCUUAUCACCGGGAGAGGAAUACCGACCCGAAAGCAUGAACCUGUGCCUUUUACCUGCAAACAAACUCUCGCCUGAAGGUAUGGUUCUGUGUGAAUUUUCUGAACCACACUCGGCCCGCAGCACAGAUGUGCUUUUCUUACCUGCUGAGGCAUAUGUACCCGACAACUUGGACCUGUGUCUUCUGCCUGCCGAGACAUACGUAUCCGAAACUGCAGAUCAAUAUCUCUUGCCUGCUAAAGCAUAUGAACCCGAAACCGCAGACCUGUGUCUUUCACCUGCCAAAACGUACGAAUCUGAAGCUGCGGAUCAGUGUCUUUUGCCUGCAAAGGCAUACUCGCCCAACAGCACAAGUGACUAUGGAUGCCAUGUCACGCCUCCGGCAGAAGAACCAUAUGCGCACUCGAGUACGUGGGUCCGACCAGUGGGACCAGAGGAAGUUGCAGAAUAUCAAAGUCUCGCCGAAUGUAAUCCAUUUCUCAUUGAUAUUGAUAUCGAAAUGGCAGACCUUAUGCAUGAGUUCAUGCCAGUCUCCCAAUCAUCGAAUGCUGAGAAAUCAGACCCAUGUUCUGACUCCGACAAAUCCUCCAUCAGAGCUCUACUCAGCCCUGAAUCGUGUAGCCCUGUUUUCUCCGACACUACACCCACAUUUGAGGCUCGUCAGUCGUUGAUUCCAGCUGCGUUAAACGUGCCAAUCAAUAUUGACAUUGAAAUGGCAGAUGCCAUGAAUGAGUUCAUGCCUACGUUCCUACCAUCAAUUGCUGAACUCUCAGACAAAUCUCCUGGCUCCAACGAAUCCUCCAUUAGAGAGCUUCUCAGCCCUGAAUCGUGCAGCCCUGUUUUCUCACACACUGCGCUAGAAGUCGAGACUCAUAAAUCGUUGAUUCCAGCCGCCUUGAAUCUGCCCAUCAAGCGCGGGCCAGAGAACCAGCCAACUUUGGUCAAUCCUGGGGCGUUCAAGCGCCCUCGUAGCCAGGCAGCUUCUCUCCGUUCUGUGCACAGCACCCAAGGAGCGAAGCGACUCAGCGCGACCCGAUCUAUCACUUCUCGACUCAGUACUCGGCUCAUCCUUUCUCGCCAGUCCAGCCUUUCUCGACGGUCCAGCAUUUCGCUUUGUAGUGGUAUCAAUGAGUCGAACGAAUCAGCUCGAAACUCGAUGGCAAAAGCUGAGUCUCCCAACCGGAAGAAACUGUUUGGUAGUGACGGUUGGCUUGGACCGCAUCCUGGUUCAGUUAUCGAACCUCCAAUUUUUGAGCCACCUCCGAUGCGACCUCUGAAGCCGACCUCAAAGCCAGCCCUGUUCCGGGGCCUCAGCAAGAAGUUCAAGCAGUUGAAUAACCAUGAGCCAAAGAGCCCUUCGAAGUCAUUCACGAAUGGUUUGAUGAAGAGCCCCUCAAAGUCGUUCAAGAGUAAUUUGAUGGGAUCCCUCAAGACCAAUCUUCAGGUAUCAUUGGCCCCCACCUGUCAAGCAAAACUGUACUCGGACCUCGAAGUGAUGAUCUGCACCAGUGCCAAUGACUUUCUGCUUCGUCAAUACUAUGACGGCCGCAUCUCUCAGUACUCCGUCAACAAGGUCCUUCAGCAAUGGGGAUCAAAGAACCGCCCACAGGUGUACCAGUUCCACUUCGAUCAGGCGACCCAACGGGAGCUGAUUCUGGAAAACCGUCGUACUCUGGAUCUCAAUGGUGGGUGUUCUACCAAUGCAAUGCAGUUCCACUCAAGCAUGCAAAGCUGGAAAGCUAUCGCAACAGAGAUGAGUGCUCGAACUUUUUGCUUGCCAGACAACGCCAUUCGGAAGAACUUGUUCGAGAUUCAGCAGAUUCUGGAUAUGUUGAGUGCACCGGUCUCAACCCUUCGAGAAUUGAAUGACCUUAGUUCCUGGGCACAGUCGCAGAUGUUCGAAGCAUCCGAGCUGAGCCGGUCUUCUACCCAGAGCCAAAGCCGUUGA